AUGGCGCUACCACCACCGCUGCGGCCGCAGCUUCUCAUUUUCCUCUCUUCCAUCUUCUUCUACUUAGCAGCAGUCUCCGAAUCUAGGCUGUCCUACAACUACUACGACAAAUCCUGCCCCAAAUUCGCCCAAAUCAUCCAGGACACCGUCACCGACAAGCAAAUCAAGAGCCCCACCACCGCCGCGGGGACCCUGCGCCUCUUCUUCCACGACUGCUUCGCCAACGGCUGCGACGGCUCCGCCCUCAUCUCCUCCACCGCAUUCAACAGGGCCGAGCGCGACGCCGACAUCAACCUCUCCCUCCCCGGCGACGCCUUCGACCUCGUCACGCGCGCCAAAGUCGCCCUCGAGCUAGCCUGCCCCAACACCGUCUCCUGCUCCGACAUCCUCGCCGUCGCCACGCGAGAUCUCGUCACCAUGGUCGGUGGCCCCUUCUACAACGUCCUCCUCGGCCGCCUCGACUACCGCGUAUCCAAAUCCUCCGCCGUCCCGGGGAAUCUCCCCUUACCGUCAAUGUCCACAUCGCAGAUGAUCGACAUGUUCGCCGGCAGAGGAUUCUCCGCCCAGGAGAUGGUGGCGCUGAGCGGCGCCCACACCAUCGGAUUCUCCCACUGCAAGGAGUUCACGGGGCAGCUGUACAGCAACGGCACGGGAUCCGGUGGGUAUAAUCCGAGAUUCGCGCAGGCGCUGCAGAAGGCGUGCGCAAACUACAAGAAGGACCCGUCUAUCUCGGUGUUCAACGACAUCAUGACGCCCAACAAGUUCGACAAUUUGUACUACCAGAACUUGCCCAAAGGGUUGGGCCUGCUGGCGUCCGACCACGGGCUCGUCUCCGAUGGCCGGACCCGGCCUUUUGUGGAGCUGUACGCCAGGGAUCAGAACAAGUUCUUCCAGGAUUUCGCCAAGGCGAUGCAGAAGCUGAGCGUCUACGGAAUCAAGACUGGGAGGAGAGGCGAGAUUAGGCACAGGUGUGAUGCUGCCAACUGA